AUGGUUAACGUUCCUAAGCUCAGAAAGACUUACUGUAAGGGUAAGCAGUGCAGAAAGCACACCCAACACAAGGUUACCCAAUACAAGGCUGGUAAGGCUUCCUUGUUCGCUCAGGGUAAGAGAAGAUACGACCGUAAGCAGUCCGGUUUCGGUGGUCAGACCAAGCCAGUUUUCCACAAGAAGGCUAAGACCACCAAGAAGGUUGUUUUGAGAUUGGAGUGUGUCAACUGUAAGACCAAGGCUCAGUUGGCUUUGAAGAGAUGUAAGCACUUCGAGUUGGGUGGUGACAAGAAGCAAAAGGGUCAAGCUUUGCAGUUUUAG